GAAAAACACAUAGUAUGGCUUGGUACACAGAUCUGUGGCAAAGGUACUUUCUAAAAAGAAACCAGUUCUCUGUGCAAAGCUUCUCUAGCUCACCUGAUGUCCUGUAAACAUUCCAGAGGCAACAUUCUACCGUUAUAGAGGAAAGAAAGAGAAAACAGCUUCCUUCAGACUCAGGGUCAUGGGGGUCUCCCAGUCAAAACGGGGUGAAUACAGAACCCAUAAAAGCAGACUGAAUACGGAUGGAAACAGUGGGAACUUUGAGCAUGGCACCUACCAGGCAUCUGGGAGCCACAAAGGACUAAUUGAGCCCAAGAAACUGCCGAACCCAGUAAAGGAGUCUAAGCACCAUCGAGAGAUGCACCGGGAGUUGCUUUUCACUCAUAGGAAGGGGCUAUUUCCAGAACAUAAGCCUGAGCUUCAGAGAGUACUAGAAACCAGGAGACUCAAGCAGCUGAAGCAACAGGACGAAACACACACUCCCUUAAGAGACUUGGAAGAAGAGCUGAGAAAAAGACAGCAGAAACUUGACCAGUAUGAGCAAGAGCUGGUCCUGAAUGGGGAACAAGAUGGCAGGCCUGAAUUCAUCCUUGUCAAAGAAAGCCUCAAAAAGACUAAGCUGCCUCCAGAUACAGGCAUAAGCACCCCCACAGACUUAUUUGAGAACAUUUUUGUUUAAUUUUUUAAAACC